AUGCGUGGAUUCAGUGGCAAUGGAAUGUGCUCUGAGAUGUUCGUGCCUGAUGUCCAGGAUGGAGGACUGGAGCAGAAAUGGGAGGAAGACAAUGAAACCUCGUUAGUGAUUAUUAAAGGAGCUGGAGAAAAAGCUUUCUGUGCUGGUGGUGAUAUUAGAGCUGUUACAGAGGCAGGAAAAGUUGGAGACAGAUUGGCAGAAGAUUUCUUCAGGGAAGAGUAUAUUCUAAACAAUGCAAUUGGAAACUGCCAGAUUCCAUAUGUAGCCCUUAUUGAUGGAAUAACAAUGGGUGGGGGUGUUGGCUUGUCAGUGCAUGGACACUUCCAGGUUGCAACAGAGAAAACACUGUUUGCUAUGCCAGAGACAGGAAUAGGUCUGUUUCCAGAUGUAGGAGGAGGUUUCUUCUUGCCAAGACUGGAAGGGAAACUUGGAUUGUACCUUGCCUUAACAGGAUUUAGAAUUAAAGGACGAGAUGUGCAUCAAGCUGGAAUUGCUACUCAUUUUGUGAAAUCUGAGAAGUGCUUCAGUUUCACAUCCAAGCAGAGCAGUAGACGUCUAUAUGGACUUCAACAAAGCUUUCCGCGAGUUCUGAUUGACAAGGAUCAGUCCCCAAAGUGGAAGCCAGCAACCCUAGAAGAGGUGACAGAGGAGUAUCUGAAGAGUUGUUUUCAGUCACUUGGAAGCAAGGAACUCAAAUUGUAACUCGGAAUUUGUUGCUGAUCCCUAAUUGCCUCGAGAAUCUGAUGAGGAAAUGGAUAAAUGACUUGGGAAGUGAAAAAGAAAUUUAUGCAUGAGUUUGCAGUCUGUUUUUCUUUUCAUGAAAUUAACAGGCUUAUUUACAUCUGACGCAUUUAUCAAGUGAAAAUAUUGUAGUACGUAUAUAAUAAAUGUACUGAAGCACUAA